UCGUCAUAAUGGUCACCAUGGUUCAGGAGUUUAUGUAAUAUAUCCCUUUGGUGUGAACUGUCGCCCUGUCCGUGUGUACUGCGACAUGAAAACUCGGGGCGGAGGAUGGACGGCCAUUCAAAAACGAAUAGACGGGUCUGUGUCCUUUGAAAGGAAUUGGGCUGACUAUGAGGAUGGUUUUGGUGUACCAGAGCGGGACGUUUGGAUAGGAAAUGAGGCCAUCCAUCAACUGACAAAGGGAAAGAACUCCUCCCUCUACAUCUCCAUCACACUUGUGAAUGGUACAACACUGUACCAGUUGUACAAUCAAUUCUCCAUUUCUGAUGAGGCAGACAAGUAUCAACUAUUUCUCGCCGAACCUGCUACGGGAACUUUAGGGGACUCAAUGUAUAAAACGAGGAGGUCUUCUGCUGAUCUGUCAGGGAUGGCUUUCAGCACCCCAGACAGAAAAAAUGACAGAUGUGGUUAUGACUGUGCUUCUUACUGGCGAUUAGGGUGGUGGAUGAAUUGCUGCUACGACGCCUGUCUCAACGGUCUCUGGUCUGUGACAGGCUGGUCGGACCCCUGGUAUCCUCUUAUAACAUCCGGGACAUCUGUGGCAGGGACGAUGAUGCUGAUAAGACGUCACUAGCAAAUUCGGAUUAAAAGAAGAAACCAACAUUUCGGGGCCCCGUGAACGAUUGAAGACACGUUUCUUCU